UGAUGUCUGAGCCAGUAGUGGUAAUGCUACCAGAGGCAGCCUUCUGCAACCCCUGAGUCAACAGCUACAUGAUUUUGAGCCAUGCCUUUAGUGAAGAGGAACAUCGAACCCCGGCACUUGUGCCGUGGGGCUCUGCCUGAAGGAGUUAGCAGUGAGCUCGAGUGUGUGACCAACAGCACUCUUGCUGCAAUCAUACGCCAGCUGAGCAGUCUGAGCAAACAUGCAGAAGACAUAUUUGGUGAGUUGUUUAAUGAGGCCAACAACUUCUACAUCAGAGCCAAUUCUCUGCAAGACAGAAUUGAUCGCCUCGCUGUCAAAGUUACCCAGCUGGAUUCCACAGUGGAAGAGGUGUCACUGCAGGAUAUCAACAUGAAAAAAGCUUUCAAAAGUUCCACAGUCCAAGACCAGCAGGUGGUUUCAAAGAACAGCAUUCCCAACCCUGUUGCUGACAUUUACAACCAAAGCGACAAACCACCGCCCCUGAACAUCCUGACACCAUACAGAGAUGAUAAGAAAGAUGGGCUGAAGUUCUAUACUGAUCCUUCGUACUUCUUUGAUCUCUGGAAAGAAAAAAUGCUGCAGGACACAGAAGACAAAAGGAAAGAAAAAAGGCGUCAGAAGGAGCAAAAGCGUAUAGAUGGCACCACUCGUGAGGUGAAAAAGGUUAGAAAAGCCAGAAACAGGCGCCAGGAGUGGAAUAUGAUGGCAUAUGACAAAGAGCUUAGACCCGACAACAGGUUGUCUCAGAGUGUGUACCACGGCGCGUCUUCCGAGGGAUCCCUGUCCCCAGACACUAGGUCUCACGCGUCGGAUGUCACAGAUUACUCUUACCCGGCCACUCCCAACCAUUCUCUGCACCCCCAGCCGGGGACCCCGUCCUACGCAGCCGGUGAUGCAGCACCACAUGGGCCUGCCAGCCAGGCCCCUGAGCAUGAGUACCGGCCCCCCUCGGCCUCCGCCAGGCACAUGGCCCUCAACAGACCUCAGCAGCCCCCGCCCCCGCCUCCGCCCCAGGCCCCGGAGGGGUCCCAGGCCUCAGCACCGAUGGCUUCAGCAGAUUUCGGGAUGCUCCCGGCCCAAAUCAUUGAGUAUUACAACCCAUCAGGACCACCUCCUCCACCGCCUCCGCCCAUGAUUCCUUCAGCACAAACUGCCUUCGUCAGCCCCCUUCAGGUCCCAGUGCAGCCUGCCUUUCCCGCGUCAGCCAGCUCCACUUACUCUACUCCUCCUCAUCCAGUGCCUGCCACUGGGCUCCUGGUCACGGCACCUCCUCCACCAGGCCCUCCGCCUCCCCCACCAGGGCCUCCUGGUCCUGGUUCCUCUCUGUCAUCCUCCCCACUGCACGGUCCCCCCGUGGCUGAGGCCAAGCGCCCAGAACCUGCGCAGCCGCCCAUCAGCGAUGCGCGAAGCGACCUGCUUGCUGCCAUCCGGAUGGGAAUCCAGCUGAAGAAGGUCCAGGAGCAGCGUGAGCAGGAGGCCAAGCGGGGCCCCGUCGGGGACGACGUGGCUACCAUCCUGUCCCGACGCAUCGCCGUGGAGUACAGCGACUCCGACGACGACUCGGAGUUCGACGAGAAUGACUGGUCUGACUGAGCAGGCGACGGGCGGGCCACCAGGCAGCUGCGGGUGGGAAGUGUUUGGAGGCCUCCCUGUGGUCUCAACCCCCCCCCCCCAGUAGUGGUAUUCUAAUCCUGUAGCUUAGCACCUUUUGUAUUAAUAAUGUGAUAUCGCUUCUGCACAUCCAAAACUUCUGGGUUUUUUCAGUAUUUACUGUGUAAUACUUAAGUGCCACUCAGCAUAGCCAGCCUUGCUGCACACGAGGAAGUACGCUCUAACUAUUGCAUUGUCCUCAGCACAGCGCCUUGCUUUCCUCCCAGCCGUGGAAGUGUUUAGUGCAGUUUGGGUUAACUGUUGAUCGCUACAAUUCUGCAGACUCGUUUGUGUGU